ACUACAUCUCAUCAUGGUUCUAUGAUGAAGCACCUAUGUGGCAUGAUAGCAAUAAAAGUGAACGGUGAGGACUAUCUUGUAGUAAUUGGAGGGUUUGGACCAUCUUCUAAUAAUACACCCAAACAACCUGGUGCCCAGUACAGAGGUGAAAGAUUAAAUUCUGGUUAUCAACGAUGCAAUGAGAUCCAUUUCUAUAAAGUCUCAACAGGACAAUGGAUAUCACCGACUGUCACUGGAGACAGACCACCUCCUAUUUAUGGCUUCACUUUAACAUCAAUUAAUAAUUCCAGUGCUAUAUUAUUUGGAGGUGACACUGCUAAUGGAGAGAGUAACAAUGUAUAUAUUCUUAAUUUUACUGAUACAUCAGUGAAUUGUUCAAAGUUAUCUAAUCCUGGAGGAUCA